AUGGACGCUGCGCUGCUACCCAAUCGGUUUCAAUCCUGGUUUGCCUCACGAGGCUGGGCCCCGCGGCCGCACCAGCUGCAGCUGAUCGAUCACCUGACGCUGGGCCAUUCCACGCUCCUGAUCGCGCCGACAGGUGCAGGCAAGACACUGGCCGGAUUUCUUCCGAGCCUUGUGGAACUUGAAAGGCGGGGAAAACGCAAACCCGGACAGCCUGGAUACGGCAUACACACGCUUUACGUCUCCCCGUUGAAAGCCCUGGCGGUCGAUAUUGCCCGCAAUCUCGAGGCACCCGUUUCGGAGAUGGGCCUGCCCGUUCGACUUGAGACGCGCACCGGCGACACACCCUCCCACAAACGGCAGCGUCAGAAACUCAAUCCACCGGACAUCCUGUUGACCACACCGGAACAGAUCGCCCUGCUUCUUUCCGAUCCGGCGUCCGACAGAUUGUUUGCCUCCUUGAAAACGGUCAUCCUGGAUGAGCUCCACGCGCUCGUCACGUCCAAACGCGGUGACCUGCUCGCCCUCGGUCUGGCGCGGUUGCGCCGUCUGGCACCCGGUGUUCGCACCAUUGGCCUUUCGGCGACGGUGGCUGAACCGGAUGAUCUGCGCGCCUAUCUGGUCGACCAGCCGGAUGCGAACAAAAGAGCUCUGUCGCAUGUUGUAGAAGUUUCGGGAGGAGCCCGACCCGACAUAUCGAUACUGGAAUCGCAGGAACGUCUUCCGUGGUCCGGCCACUCCUCACGCUACGCGAUCGGCGACAUCUACCGAUUGAUCAAGGCACAUAAUGUCUCGUUGCUCUUCGUGAAUACAAGAAGCCAGGCGGAAAUGGUCUUCCAGGAACUCUGGCGUAUCAACGACGAUACACUGCCGAUCGCUCUUCACCAUGGCUCACUGGACGUCGGUCAGCGGCGCAAGGUGGAAGCUGCGAUGGCAUCCGGAGCCCUGCGGGCCGUCGUUGCGACUUCAUCGCUCGACAUGGGUAUCGACUGGGGCGACAUCGAUCUUGUCGUCAAUAUCGGCGCACCGAAGGGCGCAAGCCGUCUUGCGCAGCGGAUCGGGCGGGCCAAUCACCGGAUGGAUGAACCGUCAAAGGCGGUGCUUGUGCCGUCCAACCGCUUCGAAGUCCUCGAAUGCCAGGCGGCGCUUGCAGCAUCCAGGCGCGGCGAUCAGGACACUCCACCACUUCGCAAGGGCGCUCUUGAUGUGCUGGCACAGCAUGUUCUCGGCCUUGCCUGUGCCGACGCACUGGAUCUUGCCGCGACCUAUGAGGAAAUCCGAUCGUCCGAGACAUAUCGCACACUGGACUGGGAAACGUUCGAGCGCGUCAUCGACUUCGCCGCAACGGGGGGAUAUGCGCUAAAGAGCUACGACCAGUAUGCCAAGCUUCGCAAGGGAAACGACGGGUUCUGGCGGAUUGCCAACCCGAAAAUCGCCCAGCAAUACCGGCUGAAUGUCGGCACGAUCGUCGAAGCUCCCAAAAUCAAGGUCAGGCUUGUGCGCUCGAAGGCGGAUGGCCGACGGACACCGGUGGGGCGCGGCGGGCGGAUACUUGGCGAGAUCGAAGAAUACUUCAUCGACCAGAUGGUUCCCGGCGAUACGUUCCUGUUCAGCGGCGAAGUCGUGCGCUUUGAGGCAAUCCGCGAGAAUGAAGCCUAUGUUUCGCGCGCGAAAACCGAAAACCCGAUGAUACCGUCCUACAUGGGCGGCAAGUUUCCGCUCUCCACUUAUCUGGCGGAGGGAGUUCGGGCGAUGCUGGCAAAUCCGUCGAGCUGGGACCAGUUGCCGGGACAGGUUCGGGAGUGGCUGGAAAUCCAGAGGGACAAAUCCGUCCUGCCGACGCGGGACGGACUGCUGGUCGAGACCUUCCCUCGCUCGAACAAGCACUACAUGGUCUGUUAUCCCUUCGAAGGGCGCCUGGCGCACCAGACGCUCGGCAUGUUGCUGACGAAGCGGCUGGAGCGGAUGGGCGCCCGCCCGAUGGGAUUUGUCGCCAACGACUAUGCUCUGUCGGUCUGGGGUCUUUGCGACCUCUCCCUGCUGUUUUCGUCAGGCCGCAUUUCACUGGAUGAACUCUUCGAGGAGGAUAUCCUCGGUGACGAUCUUGAUGCCUGGCUGGCGGACUCCAGCCUGAUGAAGCGUACCUUCCGCAAUUGCGCCGUGAUCGCAGGCCUGAUCGAACGCCGGCACCCGGGCCAGGAAAAGACCGGUCGUCAGGUCACGGUUUCCUCCGACCUCAUCUACGACGUUCUCAGGGCGCACGAACCGGAUCACAUUCUGCUCAAGGCGACAUGGAGCGACGCGGCCGAGGGACUUCUGGAUAUCUCUCGCUAUGGAAUGAAUGUUCUGACAUCACAUGUGCGCAAUUAUCAGACCGCGCCGGUGUGCCAUGACAUUCAGAUCAACGGCCAACUGGUGGGUCUGCACGACAGCGGCAUUCUCUGGUGGCCUGACGAGUCCCUGCUGGUCGUUGCCGAUCUUCACCUGGAAAAAGGCUCCAGCUAUGCCAGACGCGGUGUCAUGCUCCCGCCCUAUGAUACGGGAGCGACUCUGGAAAAGCUCGCUGGCGUGAUGGACGCCUUCGAUCCGGCCUGUGUCAUCUGUCUCGGCGACAGUUUCCAUGAUGCUGACGGAUCCGACAGGCUGCCGGCUCCCUAUCGCGCCAUGCUGACCACCCUGCAGUUGGGCCGGGAAUGGAUCUGGGUGACCGGCAACCACGAUCCGGUCGCCCCUGUGCGGCUUUGCGGCGAAACGGUUGACGAAAUUACCGUCGGCCCGUUGAAAUUCCGCCACGAACCGGUUGAGGAAAUCGGUGUCGAGCGCGCAGCCGGCGAGAUUUGCGGCCACCUGCAUCCCGUCGCCCGCGUCAGGCGCUUCGGCCGGUCGAUCCGGCGCUCCUGUUUCAUCACCGACGGUACCCGUCUCGUCUUGCCCGCGUUCGGCGCCCUGACCGGCGGGCUCAAUGUGACCGACCGCGCCUACGCGACACUCUUCAAUCGCCGGCAAUUCUCGGUCUUCCUGCUAGGGAAUGACCGUCUCUUUCCGUUCACGGCAAGCCGGUUGGUGGGGGAUUGA